AUGCAGACAGCAAAGACGAGCACGCCUCUCAGACGGUUAGCACUACAUUCGACCACCACAUGCUCGUCGCACGCAACGGAAUAUGGAAAAUGCAUAUUUUCUGCUUACACAGAUGUUCGCAAAGAUUCUUGCAAACAGGAAUUUGAAAAGUUUGGGCAGUGUUUGCGUGAAGCUGUAUGUUUUCAUUGUGGCGAUAAAGAAAAUAUCUUCUGA